AUGGAUAGAGAGCAUUCAAACAAGGCCCCAAAGGAAAAAACAGAGGAGAAUAGACAUAACCAUGGAUCCAGGGAUGGAUCUGCGGAGCCUAGUUUGCUCUUGCACGGGGGACCGCUGUCUGGAAGCGGGAACUUGAACGGUAACUCUAAGGCUGCGGAGGAGGCCUCUCUGGCAAUUUCCCUCCAGAAGUUCCAGCAGAAGGCUCUGAAGCAAACUGAGCAGAAGAAAUCCAAGUCGGCUGAAUUUCUGAUGGUAAAAGAAGAUGAAGCAGCUUCAGCAGGCAUUGAAAAUCCAGCUUUUAACAGCAGCAGCAUGGAUCUUUCAGCGUAUCAGACUUCAGGAGGGCAAGUUAUUGGACAUGACAAGCUCUAUAGCACCCUUGAAGCUCACCGACAAAACCUCAGCCUGCCAGCCCAUACCGAAACUGGAGGAAAUGAAUACAGCAGAAAUUACUUUGACCCAUUGAUGGAUGAGGAAAUAAACCCAAGGCAGAGUGGGAUGGAGGUCAGCGGAGAAGAGAUCAAGUACACUGAAACUGACCAGAAGACGAGAUUCUUAACAGGAGCUCUUAACAGCAAUUUUCCUUGGUAG